AUGGUGUCAUCGAACGUUGACGUACUCAUCGUUGGUGCUGGUCCCGUCGGCCUCGUCGCCGCACUUGCGCUCGCACAGAACGGCGUUACCAUUCGCAUCAUAGAUAAACUCAGCACUUGGGACACUAUAGGGCAACGCGGCGCCGGACUUAUGCCGCGCUCUCUGGAGGCGUAUAACUUACUCGGUGUUCUCGACGACUUCAUCAAGAAAGGAAGCGCCGGAGGCUUCACUAUCACUGCGUAUGAUACCGACGGUAAGCCGCUGCCUGGAGGAGCGCGGUUCUGGACACCGCAAGAGAAGACGCCGGAGAUACCUUUCCCCAAUGGACAUAUUCUUGGCCAAGACAGCAACUGCGCCAUCCUUCGCACGCAUCUCAAUGCGCUCGGCGUGGAGGCAGAGCUCAACACGGAGAUGUCAACUUACGAACAGGACGAAGCGGGCGUCGACGCUAUUCUCAAGGUCAAUGGGCAAGAAGAGACAGUGAGGUCCAAAUUUCUCCUGGGUAGCGAUGGCGGCAAAGGUAUCACACGCCGUCUUGCGGGCAUCCAUUUUGAAGGAGAGACCAAGGACACUCAGGCCAUUAUCGGGGACGUGGAGAUCUCCAGCCUUGGUGACGGCGCAGAAACGCCGGACAGGACGGUCUUGCACAUGUGGAAUGACGCGGAUAAGAACAGAGCGAUGCUACGGCCCGUCCCGGAAGAUGACAAGACGUACAUGCUAUUCGUCGCUGGUCCUGGUAACCUCGACAACCGCCGGCUAAUGGAAGACAUCGAUUAUCUGAAUGAGCAGAUGCGGCGCAUUGCGCAUCGACCGGAGCUCACCGUGUCUAAGAUCCGUAACAUCGCCGAAUGGCGCCUUAAUGAGAGAGUUGCAGACCGCUUCAGGGUCGGUCGUGUCCUGCUCGCUGGAGAUGCUGCCCACUGUCACAGUCCAACUGGGGCGCAGGGGCUGAACAGCGGCGUAUUGGACGCGAUGAACAUUGCCUGGAAACUCGCAGCGGUUGUCAAGGGCAUCUCGCCGCUAUCCCUGCUUGACAGCUAUCAAGAAGAGCGCAUGCCCGUCAUCCGCGAAAUGUUGCGCCUUACCAACGACAUGGCCAACCGAGCCUUCAAGUCGACGACAAUGGACACAUCGGCUUGGCAGCGCCCGAAUGCACUACGCCAGCUAGGCGUGCAUUACCGUUGGAGCAGUAUCGUGCGCGACGAGCUUAAGGAGGGCGAACAGAACGGUUUGACGAGCACGAUUGUUGAGCCGGAGGACGUGUAUGGCACUGACUCCCCGGACCGGUUGCACGCGGGUGACCGCGCGCCGGACGCGCCGGAGCUCGUCGACCUCAAAACGGGCGAAAGCACCCAGCUCUUCAAGAUCCUCAAGCCGACUCGGCAUACCAUUCUGAUCCUCGAUUCCACAUUUACCGAGGCAGUAUACUCUCUUCUUACCUCUUAUCCGAAGGACAGCAUCCGCAUCGUGGUCGCCUUGCCCCAAGGCCAGAAUGCCGAGGAAACGAUCACGAAUCACGAUGUAUACGUUGACACUCAGGAGAAUGCUCAUCGUGCCUACGGGUCAUCUGCGGGCGUCAGUAUAGCGAUUAUCAGACCGGAUGGCGUCGUUGGUGGAUUGCUAAAGGGUGCAGAUGGUGUCCAAAAAUACUUCGCCAAGCUGUUCCUUUGA